UAAAAAAAUUGAAGAAGAAGAAGAAGAAGACGAAGACAUUCCUUUAUCAAUUUGGCUGUCACCUUCAGAAGGCUUCACUACUGUGUUUGCGCCGUUCAAGUGGAGGACAUUGUACAGUUUCUGAAUUAUUGACGUGUCCAGUGAAUAACACGAUUUCCUGACCUAAGACAUUUUGUUGCAGCAAUUAUGGCACACUCUACUUAUGACAGUGAAAUUGAAGGUGAUUAUGCUGUCAACUGGUCAUUAAUGAAAGAGCGGCUGAAUUCCUUCCAGCACUUCCCUCGUUCUCAAGAAGUUUCUGUGGAGCGACUGAACCGGGCAGGUUUUUAUUUCACAGGAGAGGCAGACAGGGUGCAGUGUUUUAGUUGCAAUGUAACAGUGGAGGACUGGAAAAGAGGAGAUGACCCAUUGCAGAGGCAUAAGCAAGCAUCUCCUGCCUGCUCAUUCCUCGGGUGUGUUCACAGCUUGAAUACCCAGAGUCACUUGCCCAGUGUCUCUGCUUAUAACGAAGAGGCAGAAUCCAGGAAGUUUCUCCUCCUCACGGGAGGGGUGGUGGAUGAGACAAUAUAUCCCAAGGUGCCACACAUGAAGAGCGAGGAAGCUCGGCUUAAUACUUUCAGUAACUGGCCAGCAAACUCUCCGGUCCAGCCCACCGAUCUGGCAGAAGCAGGCCUGUAUUACCUUAACAGGGAUGACAUUGUACAGUGUUUUUGUUGUGGGGGGAUGCUUUCAGGAUGGCAGCAAGGCGAUGAUGCCUGGGAUGAACAUACAAAGUACUACCAAAACUGCUUCUUUAUCUUGGGCCAUGAUGUGGGCAAUGUGCCACUGGUGACACCCAGAUCCGGAAUGAAUGGUGACAGGACCUCUCUCGAGACUUUUGAGGGGCGUCUUAAUAGCUUCAAUAGCAGACAACACCCCAUAGACCACGAAAGACUGGCUAGAGCUGGCUUCUACAGCACAGGUGUCCAAGACAAAGUUAUCUGCUUUAAGUGUGGAGGAGGAGUCAAGAACUGGCUACCUGAUGAAGAUCCUUGGGAGGAGCACGCCAGGCACUAUCCUGGCUGCAGUUUUCUUCUGGCAGAAAAAGGAAAAGAAUAUGUCAGCAAUGUGCAACUGAAUUAUCCUAAAGGACAACAUUCAAGGUCAAAUCAAAAUGGCUUUUCAAAUCAUGAGAGAGUCAAGCAGUCAGAGGUUGAGCAAAAGGCUGUUGAAAUGGGUUUUGACCCCAUCAAAGUGAAGAGAACCAUUCUGCAGAAGUUACGUCAGAACAGUGAGGGUUAUACCUCAGUAGAGGCUCUUAUUCAAGACCUCCGCACACAGGAGAGUGAUGUUGUUGUACCUGAAAAGCCAGCAGAGGACCCUAUGAAGAAACUUGAGAAACUCCAGCGUGAGAAGCUCUGUAAAGUCUGCAUGGACGGUGACAUUAGCGUUGUCUUUAUUCCAUGUGGACACUUGGUCACUUGUCAAAAGUGCUCAGAUCCCCUAGACAAAUGUCCCAUCUGCUGUGCCACCAUCACACAGAAGAUAAAGACCUACAAUGCCUAAAACAAAACAAAGUAACCAACUCCAAAUGAAACCCUGAUGUUCACUGACUGUGUGGGAAUUUAAUCAUUCCUUAAUACUGCACAUAGAUGUGUAUUUGAUUUAAGAUGAUCAUGUGUAUAUAUAUGAAAAUAUCCAUAGAUAUACUCAAAUUUAUAAUCUUGUUGUAUUUUUACAUUUCCAUGUGUUUGAUUUUGAUCAAGGCAGGGGCAGACUACAUAAUUGAACUUAUAUUGUAUUGCAGUGAAAGAAAUCUUUACCUCCUCCCCACUUCCAAAACGUUACUCUGGGGACAAUAUCAUUUUCUUUAUAUAGCUGCUUCGCUCAAAUACCCAGAAAUACUCAGAUUGAUGUUAAAGGAAUAUCCGGGUUCAAUACAAGUUAAACUCAAUUGACAUGUUUGGCAUACUAUUGAUUACCUAAAAAAAAUAUUUUGACUCAUCCCUCCUUUUCUUAAAAAAACAAAUAAUAAUAAAUCAAGGUUACAGUAAGACACACAAUGGAAGUGAAUGUGGCCAAUUUUUGGAGGGUUUAAAAGGCAGAAAUGUGAAGCUUAUAAUUUUAUAAAUGCACUCAUUAAUUCUUCUGUUAAAACUCAUUUGUUUGAGCUGUGAAGUUGUCUAAAUUGUCUUUAAUCAUUUUAGGUUUUUACGAUUUGUUGACUACAUCAUGAAGUUGUAAAAUUGGCUAUAACAUUAUACAGAAAAUCAUGUUUACUGACAAUUAUUGCUUUUUUAAAGAAAAGGAGGAACGAGUCGAAAUUAAGUUUUGUGGUAAUCAAAAUAUGCCACAAAUGUUGUUGAUUGUGCUUAACUGGUCUUGACCCUGGAAUAUAAUUUUAACAACCAUAGUACCUUUUUGACUAAAUUUUAUGAAUAUUUUCAUUUAGUUUAAUGAAUUAACAUUAUCAUGUAUUAUAUUUUAUCUAGGCUAUUAUAUUUUUUAAAUUAAUAUUUAAAAUAUUAUCUUUUAUUCAUUUAUUAUAACAGGAUAAUUUCUUGACACUUUGUUUUAGGGUUGAUUAAAUGUUACCAGUCAAAACUG